GCACCAUCUACUACAGAAGCUUGUGGUUGCCCGGUAUCUGCUACAGCACUACAAGAGCACUUCUUUGAUCCAGCUGAAAUGGCGACCAACAUUACUUUCCACGAAGGCUCUGUCACGCUCGAGGAGCGAGCCAAAUUCACCGGCCAGAAGGGCAUGACGCUUUGGCUCACAGGCCUGUCUGCAUCUGGCAAAUCAACUAUCGCUGUUGCACUCGAGCAGCAUCUGCUUCACCUCGGCAUCAACGCGUAUCGGCUAGAUGGCGACAACAUCCGCUUUGGCUUGAACGCCGACCUGGGCUUUGACGAGAAGGCGCGCAACGAAAACAUCAGGCGGAUUGGCGAAGUUUCUAAACUCUUUGCUGAUUCGUCCUGCAUUGCCGUCACUUCCUUCAUCUCACCUUAUAAGAAGGACCGGGACUUUGCUCGGGAGCUGCACAACAAGGCUGGCAUCCCUUUUAUCGAGGUGUAUGUGGAUGUACCGGUCGAGGUUGCAGAGCAGCGCGACCCCAAGGGCCUUUACAAGAAGGCUCGCGAAGGAAUUAUCAAAGAGUUUACAGGGAUAAGUGCACCAUACGAGGCGCCUGAGAAUGCUGAGAUCCACAUUAAGAAUGUCGACAUCACUAUCGAGGAUGGUGUUCGGCAAAUCGUUGAGUACCUUCAGGCCAAAGGUCUCUUCCCAGAGAAGGCUCAAAAGUAGGCGCCUGUUGAUCCCCUGUAGUGGUAACAUAGAUGAGAUGAUCAACGACAUCGAAGUAUUUUGGACCGUUUCUAACAUCCGAGGCGUUCACCUAGACCGUAAGCGUACGACGCAUCUGUGUUACCACAGCAUACUCUGCCCUGCGUCCUUGAAAAGACUCGCUUCUUGCUGAACAUCCUAACGCAUGAACAAGAGCACCAGCUGAAUUUCGAAGUCAUCGCAUUAUAAUUGACACUGUCCCCCAUGAGCCUAACCGAGAUCACCAGCUUUAGUCUUCGCACUUCUGUUGCCUUCAAUCCUAUGCUUGUCCUAGAGAUCCUUCGGCAAUUCUGUGCUGCAAGAUGCAAACGAUCUGGCACUAUCUGGAAAGCAUAUCAGGAGAAAGAAGAUUACAAGGUCUUCUAUACCGUCGGAG